AUGAAGUGGAACGAACACCCACUGAUUUCCAUAUGCCUCAGAUGUGGAACUGACAUUGGAAGCUUGGCGUCUUAUCGGAUAACGCCCGUACAAAGUAAGUACAAUGAACGAGAAGGAGAAAAAAUAGAAAAUGGAGAAUUGCUGUUUAUCGCAGUUCUUUGUUUAUUUUGUCCUAAAGUUCUGAGUUCAAAGUGCGGUAUUAGAUCUGAGAACUGGGCGUUGUUUGCAAACAAGAACUUUAAUCCUAGGAUCAUCCAUUAA